UCUCCUUCCGCCCAUCGGCCAUCCCUCUCUCUUUUGUUUUUAUUUUUUUUCUGUAAUCUCUCUCCUUACAGGAGUCACAUGAGUCAGAGUAGAAAAAGAGAUUUGAUUAUUGCAUGAUUUCUCUCUCUCUUCCCAUUAUAAGCAGAUUCCUCCUCUGAAAAGCAAAAGCAAGAAGCAUCACUUCUGCAUCGACAGAAGAGAUCGAUUCUUUCAAAAUCCUUGUUGGGUUUUUGGAGAGAAGAGAGAGGCUUUUGGGGCAUCUUCAAUCCAUGGCUGAAGAGGAGUGUGUAUCUGCUGCUGCUGCUCUUGAGGAUGUGCCGUUGAAGAGGCAAAAGGCAAGUGAAGGAGAGAGUGAGAGUAAUGGGAAUGCUAUUGUUGUUGAGAUGACGGAGGAUGAGAAAGAAGAGGAUAAACCAGAUGGUAUCUCCUCUGUGAUUCCUGGCUGGUUUUCUGAAAUCAGCCCCAUGUGGCCAGGAGAGGCACACUCCUUAAAGGUAGAAAAGAUCUUGUAUCAAGGGAAGUCCGAAUACCAAAAGGUUAUGGUGUUUCAGUCAUCAACAUAUGGCAAGGUUCUCGUCUUGGAUGGGGUGAUUCAACUCACAGAGAGGGAUGAAUGUGCAUACCAAGAAAUGAUUGCUCACCUUCCACUGUGCUCCAUUCCAAAUCCUAAGAAGGUCUUGGUUAUUGGAGGAGGUGAUGGUGGUGUAUUGCGUGAAGUGUCUCGGCAUUCUUCCGUGGAACAUAUAGAUAUAUGUGAAAUUGAUGGGUUGGUUGUGGAAGUCUCUAAGCAAUUUUUCCCAAACCUAGCAGUUGGGUAUAUGGAUCCACGUGUUUCUCUCCACAUUGGUGAUGGAGUUGCCUUUCUAAAGGAGGCUCCUGAAGGUACUUAUGAUGCAAUCAUAGUGGAUUCAUCUGAUCCAAUAGGACCCGCACAAGAACUCUUCGAGAAACCAUUUUUCGAGUUGGUAGCUAAAGCUCUUCGCCCAGGAGGAGUUGUGUGUACUCAGGCAGAAAGUGUUUGGUUGCACAUGCACAUCAUCGAAGACAUUGUUUCAGUUUGUCGUCAAACAUUCAAAGGCUCCAUCAACUAUGCAUGGACGACAGUACCCACAUAUCCAAGUGGGGUGAUUGGUUUCAUGCUUUGCUCCACUGAGGGCCCACCAGUCGAUUUCAAGCACCCGGUGAAUCCAAUAGACGAGAGUGAACCGCAAUGCAAAUCAAAAGGACCCUUGAAGUUUUAUAACCCUGAGAUCCAUUCCGCCUCAUUCUGCUUGCCCUCUUUUGCGAAGAGGGUGAUCGAUUCCAAAAGCAAAUAAAUCAUCCAAGGGCAGGUGUCGAAGCACCGGAACUGCUGUUUCAAGUGCCGGGCAACCAUCAUCCUCAGCAAAGUAGUCCGCUAAAUUGGACCGGAGAGCAAUUCAAGUGUAGGAUUGGUCUCUUUGAGUUGUGAGGGUUAUUAGUGCGAAAAUCGAAGAGUUUGGUUAUUUCUUUCUUGUUCAAUUCGGAUUCAGUUUUUAAUCUUUUCAAAUCCAUCCCCGUGAACCGGUUGUCAUGACUUCUGAAAUUCUCAAAUAUCCCUAAUUGAUAAGCCAGCAUUAGUUUC